CGGGACAUGGAAAAUAGGUAAUUGGGAUAUAAGGCGGGUAUGGUGUGGAGGACAUUAUCGCUUAGGGACUCAUAGUCCUCAAAGGCGGGAAAGGUGCCUCAGAUGAUACAGUACAACUCCAUAUGGUUGAACUCUACCCAGGCGACGCUAAAGAGGAGAACAUUGAGGUGAAAAGAGGGGGAGCGAUGAGGAAAAACUAUACACAAGAGUCGCACGGCGAAAUGAUGACAAAAUGCAUGGCUGGCAAAGAUGCGAUAGUCCAGAGGGAAUUCAAGGUGGGGGAGGGGACGAAAGGAGAGGUAAUCAAGGGGGCGGCGGAAGACGGGACGAGGACGGUACGUCUGGGCCGGGAGGAGGACGGGGACGAAUCGUGGAGGGUGCGGAAAUGGAGGGAGAUGGUGAGCGAGAGCGGCGGCGCCGGCGGAAGGUUGUUGCGCCAUCGUGUCGACUGGCGGCAUCUGAGGGAAUGGCGGGAUUCAAUGCGGAUCCCCCUCGGACGAUAGGCGAUGCUCGUGCUGGAGGAUCCUUUCGGGGCUCGGGUGCUGACGCCUCUUCUUCUUCCUUUGACGUCGACCAUGCUUCCGACUCCUCUUCCUGUGAUAGCCCGGCGAUGGCUAUGCGACCCGGGUCGUCGUCCGACGGCAGCUCCCCGUUCUCCCGAUGGGCCUUCCAAAACUCGUCGAAGUCGGAGUUAUCCGAUGCAAGUGCUGUCGUCAUUAUCAGUGCAUCUGGGGAAGGAGGAACAGGAGAAAGGUGGGGAGGAAGAGGAGGAGAAGGUGGAGGAGAAGGAGAGGAGGAGGAGAAGGAGAGGAGGAGGAAUGAGAGGAGGGUAGAAGAAGCCGAGCGAACGCGGAAGCAUGAAAAAUGCGGGAAUGAAAAUCUGGUGGUGUCGUCAUUAUCAGUGCAUCUGGGGGAAGGAGGAACAGGAGAAAGGGGGGAAGGAAGAGGAGGAGAAGGUGGAGGAGAAGGAGAGGAGGAGGAGGAGGAGGAGAAGCAGAAGGCAGAGGAGGGGUGAAUGAUGGAGCAGGAGCGACGGGAAGAUGGAGGAGGAGGAGGAGGAGAGCAGGUGCCGAGGAGAAAGAGAUGGUGAGGGUAGGAGAAUCAGAGGGGCCGUGGAAGCAUAGAAAAAAUGCGGGAAUGAAAAUCGUUGGCAGGU